AUGAAUCCACCAUUAAGCUUUGUCCUUUUUACAGCCCUUGAUGGAACAUGGAAACGAAUUCGUACAAUUGUUACACCCACUUUCACAGCUGCAAAACUCAGGGAAAUUAACCCUAUUGUGGUGGAUUGUUUGGAGGUGUUGCAGAAGAAAAUGCAAGUCUAUUCUGAAACUGGAGAAGAUGUGAAUAUCACCAGACUAUUCGCUCUCUUUGCUCUUGAUGUCAUCAUGAAAGCAGCCUUUGGAUACGAUAUUGAUGUACAAAACCAACCAAACGACGAAUUUCUGUCCAUGACCCGAAAAAAUAUCAGAGUUCCUUUAUGGAAAAGAGCAUUUUCGGCGUUCCCAUUCUCCGACCAGCUUUGCGACAUUUUCAACAUUCAAAUCUUUUCGAAUGCCGAUUAUUUUUUGGACAUUGCCCACACGAUGAUUGUCAAAAGAAAAGAUCAAGCUGGACCCGCCCACGCCAGACGUGAUGUUCUUCAACUGAUGCUGGAAGCACACGACAAUGAAGUGGAUGGCAAACCAAAACUCAGUGAUGACGAAAUUGCAGCACAAUGCUUCGUGUUUCUUAUCGCAGGAUUCGAAACCACUUCAACAACAUUGACAAGCGCUGCGUAUUUGCUGGCAAAACAUCCUGACAUCCAAGAAACGUUUCAACAAGAACUCGACAAAGCCACAGACGAAAACAAAGAUUCUUCGCCGUAUGACCUGGUACACCACAUCGAGUACCUGGACAAAGUCGUCUGCGAAGUGCUGCGCCUGUACGGCCCUGGAUUUAACCUUAUCCGAGUUUGCAAUGAAGAUGUAGUAAUCAAAGUUGACCUCGAGCACAAAGCGACUGUGAUCAUGCUGCCAAAGAAUGACGUCAUACUGAAGAUUCGUAAACGCUGA